AUGGUAUUUAUUCAAAGGGUUUACAACACUAAUCAGUGUAUUCAAAUGGGAAGUUCUCAAUCCAGAGAUACAGUAAUAACAAAAGAAAAGACAGACUCUCAACAACAAGAGACACAUCUAAACAUUGAAAUGACAGAAUCUCAAGAAACUUCAAAAAGAAAGAAAAAAGAUUGUUCUUACUACACAAAAAAAGAGUGUGGUAAAAUUAUCUUGCAGAUUUGUUCAGGUUUAAUCUCAUUAAAAUCGGCUAUUUCCCUUGCUUGUCAAUUCCAAUUAUUAUUCUUUACAAAUGUAAUACUUCUUGGGAUAUUUAUUCUUUUCUUUAUUUCUACUGGUCAUUUAAUACUUGAUUCAACAACUCCUUGGUAUUAUAUACUCGCUUAUCUUUAUGUGAUAGUAUAUGGAUCAUCAUUAUUAAUAACAUUCAUUUAUUAUUUCAUAUUAUUUUCAAUUGAAUAUCUAAGCCGAUCAUAUAGGUAUUUCUUUGGAUAUGAAAAAUCAAAUUACAUUGAACCAAAAACACGUUAUUAUAGAUCUAAAAAAUAUAGGUAUUUCUCUGGAGAUGAAAAAUCAAAUGACAAUGGAAAAAAAACGUUUGAAAAUAAAUUUUGCAAAAUAUGUUUCCCUAAAAAUUGUAAAGAGAUUCUUGAAUGUAUUUUUGUUCAUCAUAUUGGGAUUAUUGUUCUAGUUGUUGGUGUGAUUGUUGGUUUCGGUGUUGGACGUAGUAUAACGAAAAAACAUGGAGAACCAAGUGUAUUAACUUAUAUGGGAUAUUGUUAUUUAUUGAUAGGAUUAAUAUGUAUUGGAGUAAUAUUUUUUAUUAUUUCAAUAAUUGACUAUGUAUGUAAAUUGUACUACAACACUAAUGCUUGCUCAAGUAAAUCAGAAGAUGAAAAAAUAGAUAUUCGUAUUAAAGCAAUAUUUUAUGUAUUACCAAACUCGUUAAUAAAUAGAUUUAUAGACUAUUGUUUUUCAUGUUUCUGUAAAAAAAGACAUGAAGAAUGUAGGCUAGGAGUUCAAGUAUGUGAAGUAUUUUUCAAAAUAGGGUUUCUUAUAGUAUUUUUUAUCACUUUUUAUUAUGCUAAUAGACAUUCAUGUAACAAUAAUGGAAAUAUUCUAGGGUAUGUGCUGAUAUUUAUUUUUUCAUUGAUAUCUGGAACUAUUCCAUCAAUUCGAGCAUUAAGUAAAAAGCCAAAGAAUGAUGAAGAUGAGUAUUAUGAUGGUACAAUUACAUAUAGUGAUACAGAAAGUAUAGAAACAGAAAAUGAUGAAGAAACAGAAAAUAAAAAAAAAGAAAGUGAUGUAGAAAAAACUAUGAAAGUACUAAAAGAAUCAUGUGGAUUUAAUUUUAGAAGAAGUUCAAUUCCUUUGCAGACACUAUUGUUUUUACUUAUUGUUGCAAUAAUAAUUGUUUUCGGAGUUUAUAAAUUUAAAUCAAAAAAUGGCGAUUCAUCUUCUUCAACUCCAAAAAAAGUAUGUUUGAAGAAGAAAAUGAAUAUAUUUCAUUCAUUGCAAGAAUGA